AUGCCUGAAAAUUUGAUCCAGCAACUGACUAAAUUACUCGAUUCAGUUCCGCCACCUGUCCUUGCCGAUCUGCUCGUCACCGUCAUUGAGACGUCUUUUGAUGAAAAAUUAACCAUGUUGGCGACAACCGACGUCAAGGAAAGACUCGAAAAGGCUUCCGAAUGGAUGACUCGUCAGUUGCACGUCCUCAAGAUAUCUGAGCAAGUACAUUCAAGUGUAGAAAAUAAAUUAUCUAAAAAGCAGCGUGAGUUUUACUUACGUCAACAGGCAACCAUCAAGAAAGAGCUUGGUGAAUCCGAUGGUUCGAACGGAGGUAAAGAGGAAGAUGAUAUCGAAUUAUUAGGUCGAAGGCUAGAAGAGGCUGAACUGCCAGAGGAGGCAGCGACUGUUGCUCAAAGAGAGCUCAAGCGUCUCAAGAAGCUUCAACCAGCAUCAAGCGAGUACUCUGUCGCUCGCAACUAUUUAGAAUUACUUGCUGACUUGCCAUGGAGCAAAAAGACGCAAGACAUGAUUGACAUCAAGAAAUCAAAGCAGAAGCUAGAAGAGGAUCACUUUGGCCUUGACCAUGUCAAGAAGCGUAUCAUUGAGUAUCUCUCGGUCAUCAAGAUCAAAGGUGACCUGAAGGCUCCCAUCAUCUGCUUUGUGGGUCCCCCUGGUGUCGGAAAGACAUCUCUGGGCAAAUCCAUUGCUGCUUCCAUGAGCCGUGAGUUUCAUAGGAUCUCAUUGGGUGGUGUAAGAGACGAAGCUGAUAUAAGAGGCCAUCGCCGUACGUAUGUUGGAGCUAUGCCCGGUUUGAUCGUCCAAGGUUUGAGGAAAUGCAAAGUAAAUAACCCCUUAUUCCUGCUUGACGAGAUCGAUAAGCUUGUUCACUCUACCCAUUAUGGUGAUCCUGCAGCUGCCCUCUUGGAAGUCCUGGAUCCUGAACAGAACAAUAGUUUUUCAGAUCAUUAUCUGAACGUUCCCUUUGACCUUUCGAACGUUCUAUUCAUUGCUACUGCCAACAGCCUUGACACGAUACCCGAACCUCUCUUGGACCGUAUGGAGGUCAUUACCUUGAAUGGCUACACGUUUGAAGAGAAACUCCAUAUUGCCAAAUCUCAUCUACUACCUAAACAAAUCACACUACACGGACUACAGCCUGGUCAAGUCAAGAUGUCGGACGAGGUGUUCUUGAAGAUUGCUGAAAAUUAUACAAGAGAAAGUGGUGUACGUAACCUGGAACGAAUGAUCGCUUCUGUUGUCCGUGCUAAAUGUGUUGAGCUUGCCGAUCUCCGUGAAUUCAACAAGGAAAAUGAUUAUAAGCCGGUGGUGACGUUAAAUAAUGUGGAAGAAAUCCUAGGCAUGGCCUACUAUGAAAAGGAAGUCGCCGAAAGAGAAGCCCUUCCAGGUGUUGUCACUGGGUUAGCAUACUCCGGAAGCGGUAAUGGUGGUAUUCUGUUUGUUGAAUCAACCAAAAUGCCUGGUCAUGGAGAUUUAGGGCUCACAGGCUCUCUGGGCGAUGUCAUUAAGGAAUCAGCUCGAAUAGCUCUUACAUGGGUCAAGGCACAUGCAUACGAAUUGAAAAUUGUGCCCACGAAGGAGACAAAUCUUGUAGAAAAUUAUGAUAUCCAUAUUCAUGUGCCUGGUGGAGCUAUUCCCAAAGAUGGACCUAGUGCAGGCGUCACCUUGGUCACAUCUCUUGUUUCACUCUUUUCUGGAUAUCAUGUGCCCACAACCACAGCCAUGACAGGCGAAAUAUCGCUCCGAGGUCAGGUGUUGCCCGUUGGAGGUAUAAAAGAGAAAGUAGUCUCUGCCCAUCGAGCAGGCAUUCGCAAGAUUAUUCUACCCUUACGAAAUCGUAAGGACGUUGAACAAGAUGUACCUGAAAAAGUAAAAGAGGACAUUGAAUUUAUAUAUGCAAAGAAUAUCUGGGAUGUUUUAGAAGCGGCCUUGGUUAUGAGCAAUUCUGAAAAAUGGCAUACCCGCGUUUAUGAAAGUCAUUUAUAG